CUCUCUCUCAGAGACAGGAUCAUUAAGACAUGAUACACUGAGAUAUUCUAUCCUGCAGACAGUAAGAAUCUGUUAAAAAGUUUGAAGGGAAGAAUUGAGAUCGUCAGUGUUUAUUUGAGGAAAUUGUCUGUGGUUGCGCCAUCCUUUCCUUUCUCUCCCUGAGAUUUGGUCUUCUUAAUCAGAAGGGUUGCACAAUUCCCCCAACUCCCAUACAUAUGGCAGCUCUUCUAGACACAGGUUUUCUCAGGAGAAAUGCAGGGACCCCAGCCAUAUCUCCCACCCUGAGAAAUUCUGGAGGUUCAGGGAGCUCAGAAGCUCUGCAGAGGCCACCCUCUUUGAGGGGAUUGUUCUUAGACUUCCAUCCAGAGGCAAGUGUUGACCUGUCCAUGCUGAAACCCACAGGCCUUCCUGGGUCAUCUUCUCUCACCCACUCCUUCAUGACAGGGAGCAGGAGCAGUAAAGCCACACCGGAAAUGGAUUCAGGACUGACAGGAGCCACCUUGUCACAUAAGACAUCUACAGGUGCAAUCAUAGUGACGGAACAUACUCUGCCCUUUACUUCCCCAGCUAAGACCUUGGCCAGUCCUGCGUCUUCGGUUGUGGGAAGAACCACCCGGUCUCUGGGGGUGAUGUCCUCUGCUCUCCCUGAGUCAACCUCUAGAGGAAUUACACACUCCGAGCAAAGAACCAGCUCAUCGCUGAGUCCCCAGGUCAAUGGAACUCCCUCUAGGAACUCUCCGGCUACAAGCGUGGUUUCACGAUUGAGUUCCCCAAGGACCAGGACCAGUUCCACAGAAGAAAAUUUUACCAAAGAAUCAUCUACCUACACACUCGCUGUAGAGACCACAAGUGGCCCAGUCACUGAGAAGUACACAGUCCCCACUGAGACCUCAACAACCGAAGGUGACAGCACAGGGACCCCCUGGGGCACAAGAUAUAUCCCUGCAAAAAUCACAUCUCCAAUGAAAACAUUUGCAGAUUCAACUGCAUCCAAGGAAAAUGUCCCAGUGUCUACGACUCCAGCUGAGUCCACAGUUACUGACUCACAUACUCCAGGAAGGACAACCCCAUCCUUUGGGACAGUUUAUUCUUCCUUCCUUGACUUAUCGUCUAGAGAGACCCCAAAUUCCAGAGGUGGAACAAGCCUGGAACUGACUCCAUCAACCACUGGAUAUCCCUUCUCUUCUCCUGAACCUGGCUCCACAGGACACAGCAGAAUAAGUACCAGUGCGUCUUUGUCAUCAUCUGCUUCAGUUCUCGAUAAUAAAAUAUCAGAGACCGGCAUAUUCUCAGGCCAGAGUAUCACUUCCCCUCUGUCUCCUGGGGUGCCCGAGGCCAGAGUGAGCACAAUGCCCAACUCAGCUAUCCCUUUUUCCAUGACACUAAGCAAUGCAGACACAAGUGCUGAAAAGGUCAGAAGUACAAUUUCCUCUCUGGGGACUCCAUCUACAUCCACAGAGCAGACAACAGAGACUAUCCUUACCUUCCGUGCCUUUGCUGAGACCACGGAUACACCUGGCACCCACACAGCCAAGACUUUGGCUUCAGAAUGGUCAGGGAGUCCAGGUACCCUCAGUGGCACCAGCACUUCAGCGUUGACAACCACAUCUCCAUCUACCACUUCAGUCUCAGAGGAGACCAACACCCAUCACUCCAUGAGUAGAAAGGAAACAGAAGGAACUUUGAAUACAUCCAUGACUCCACUUGAGACCUCUGCUCCUGGAGAAGAGACCGAAAUGACUGCCACCUUGGUCCCCACCCCAGGUUUUACUACUCUUUACAGCAAGAUUAGUAGUCCAUCUCAGGUCUCUUCAUCACACCCAACAAGAGAGCUCAGAACCGCAGGCAGCACCUCUGGGAGGCAGAGUUCCAGUAUAGCUGCCCACAGGAGCUCUGACAUCCUGAAGGCAACCACUUCCAGCACCUCAACAGCAUCAUCAUGGACCAGUGAAAGCACAGCUCAGCAAUUUAGUGAACCCCAGCACACACAGUGGGUGGAGACAAGUCCUAGCAUGAAAACAGAGAGACCCCCAGCAUCAACCAGUGUGGCAGCCCGUGCCACCACUUCUGUUCCCUCAGUGGUGUCUGGCUUCACCACCCUGAAGACCAGCUCCACUAAAGGGAUUUGGCUUAAAGAAACAUCUGCAGACACACUCAUCGGAGAAUCCACAACUGGCCCAACCACCUAUCAGUUUGCUGUUCCCACUGGGAUUUCAAUGACAGGAGGCAGCAUCACAAGGGGAAGGCAGGGCACAACCCACCCACUCAACAGAGCCACAGCAUUAUCUGAGACAUCCACAGAUUUGACUCUGGCCACGAACAGUGUCCCAAUCUCCAUGACUCCAGCAGUUAGCAAGAUGGCUGCUGGCUCAAGUCCUCCAGGAGGGACAAAUCCAUCAUAUACAAUGGUUUCUUCUGUCAUCCCUGGGACGUCAUCUCUAGAGUCCCCAGCUUCUAGGGAAGGAACCAACCUGGGACUGACUCCAUUAAACACUAGACAUCCCUCCUCUUCCCCUGAACCAGACUCUGCAGGACAUACCAAGAUAAGCACCAGCGUUCCUCUGUUGUCAUCUGCUUCAGUUCUUGAGAAUGAAGUGUCAGUGACCAGCACAUUCUCACACCACAGAGUCACCUCAUCUAUGACCACAGGGACUCCUGAAAUCUCAACAAAGACAAAGCCCAGCUCAGCCAUUCUUUUCUCGAUGACCCUAAGUAAUGCAGCAACAAGCCCUGAAAGAGUCAGAAAUGCAACUUCCCCUCUGACUUAUCCAUCUGCAUCAGGGAAAGGGACAGCAGGGAGUGUCCUCACCCUCAGCACCUCUGCUGAGACUACAGACUCACCUAGCAUCCACCCAACUGGGACACUGGCUUCAGAAUGGUCAGAGAGUCCUAGCACUCUCAGCCUCCCAAGUGUCUCUGGAGUGAAAACCACAUUGUCUUCAUCUACUCCUUCCACUCAUCUAUUUACCGGUGGAGAAGAAACAGAGGAAACUUUGAAUCCAUCUGUGUCUCAACCUGAGACUUCUGUUUCCAGAGUAAGGAUCACCUUGGCCAGCACCUCUGUCCCCACCCAAGUAUUCCCCACCAUGGACACCUGGACUACACGUUCAGCUCAGUUCUCUUCAUCCCACCUAGUGAGUGAGCUCAGAGCCACGAGCGGUACCUCAGCUACAAACUCAACCAGUUCAGCUCUUCCUAAAAUAUCUCACCUCUCUGGGACAGCAGCAAUGUCACAGACCAAUACAGGCACGUUUAAUGACUCUGCUGCACCCCAAAGCACAACUUGGCCAGAGACUAGUCCCAGAUUCAAGACAGGGUUACCUUCAGCAACAACCACUGUUUCAACUUCUGCCACUUCUCUCUCUGCUACUGUAGUGGUCUCUAAAUUCACUUCUCCAGCAACUGGUUCCACAGAAGCAACUUCUAUCAGGGAACCAUCAACAGCCAUCCUCACAACAGAGACCACGAAUGGCCCAGGCACUAUGGCUAUGGCUUCUACCAACAUCCCAAUUGGAAAGGGCUAUAUUACUGAAGGGACAUUGGACACAACCCAUCUGUCCAUUGGAACCUCAACUUCCUCUGAGACAUCUACAGAUUUUACCAUGGCCAAAGAAAGUGUCUCAAUGUCAGUAUCUCCAUCUCAGUUCAUGGAUGCUGUUGGCUCAAGCACUCCAGGAAGGACAAGCCAAUUGGUUGGCACAUUUUCUGAUGAUGUCUAUCAUUUAACAUCUGGAGAAAUUCCAUUGCCUAGAGGUGAAGCCAGUUUAGCUUUGACUCCACAAAUGACUGCAACUCACCCUCCAUCUCCUGAGCCUGGCUCUGCUAGAAGCACCUGGCUUGGCAUCUUGUCCUCAUCUUCUUCUCCUACUCCCAAAGUCACAAUGAGCUCCACAUUUUCAACCCAGAGAGUCACCACAAGCAUGAUAAUGGACACAGUUGAAACUAGUGAAUGGAACACACCCAACUUACCUUCCAUGACUUCCUCGACACCAAGUAAUAUUCCAACAAGUGGUGCCGUAGAAAAAAGCACCCUGGUUCCCUUGGACACUCCAUCUCCAGCCACAUCAGUGGAGGCAUCAGAAGGGGGACUCCCGAACCUGAGCACCUACCCUGAAUCAGCAAACACACCCAGCAUCCGCCUCGGAACACACGCUAGUUCAGAAAGUCCAAGCACCAUCAACCUCACCAUGACUUCAGUAGUAAAAACUGACUCUUACACACCUCUCGCCUUCCCCUCAAUAGAAACCCACAUUCAUGUAUCAACAGCCAGGAUGGAGACAAAUGAAAUUGCUUACUCUUCUGGGUCUUCACCUGAGAUGACAGCUCCUGGAGAGACUAACACUGGUAGUACAUGGGCCCCCACCACCUACAUCACCACUACAGAUCCUAAGGAUACCAGUUCAGCUCAGGUCUCUACACCCCACUCAGUGAGGACACUCAGAACCACAGAAAACCAUCCAAAGACAGAGUCCACCACCCCAGCUGCUUACUCUGGAAGUCCUAAAAUCUCAAGUUCACCCGAUCUCACCAGUCUGAUCACAAAAGCAUGGACCAUCACAGACACAACUGAACACUCCACUCAAUUACAUUACACAAAUUUGGCAGAAAAACCAUCUGGAUUUGAGACACAGUCAACUCCAGGACCUGUCUCUGUAGUAAUCCCUACCUCCCCUACCACUGGAAGCAGCACAUUGGAACUGACUUCUGAUGUCCCAGGGGAACCCAUGGUCCUCACUAACAGUGAGCAGACCACAAUCACUCUCCCCAUGGCAACAUGGCUGAGUACCAGUUUGACAGAGGAAAUGCCUUCAACAGACCUUGAUAUUUCAAGUCCAAGUUCACUCAUGAGUACAUCUGCUAUUUUUCCACCUCUGUCCACACCUUCUCAUGAACUUUCAAAGUCAGAGGCAGAUACCAGUGCCAUUGGAAAUACAGAUUCAACCACAUGGGAUCAGCACCUAGGAAUCAAGAGUUUGGGCGCAACUGGGGACUUAACAACUGUUCCUAUCACCCCACUGUCAACCACGUGGACCAGUGUGAUUGAACACUCAACACAAGCACAGGACACCCAUUCUGCAAUGAUAAGUCCUACUCAUGUGACACAAUCACUCAAAGAUCAAACAUCUUUACCAGUCUCAGCAUCCCCUCCCCAUCUUACUGAAGUCUACCCUGAGCUCGGGACACAAGGGAGAAGCUCCUCUGAGGCAACCACUUUUUGGAAACCAUCUACAGACACACUCUCCAGAGAGAUUGAGACUGGCCCAACAAAUGUUCAAUCCACACCACCCAUGGACAGCACAACAACAGGGAGCAGUAGUAGUGGAGUCAUCCUGGGCACAGCCCACCUUCCCAUAGGAACAUCAUCCCCAGCUGAGACAUCCACAAACAUAGCACUGGAAAGAGGAAGUUCUACAGCCACGGUCUCCAUGGCUGGGACUGUGGGACUCCUAGUUACUAGUGCUCCAGGAAGAAGCAUCAACCAGUCAUUAGGAAGAGUUUCCUCUGUCCUUUCUGAGUCAACUACUGAAGGAGUCACAGAUUCUAGUAAAGGAAGCAGUCCAAGGCUGAACACACAGGGAAAUACAGCUCCCUCCUCCUCUCUUGAACCCAGCUCUGCUGAAGGAAGCCAGAUGAGCAUGAGCAUCCCUCUACCCUCAUCUCCUCCAACUCCUGAUGUGAAAUUCAAAGGGGGCAGUACAUUUUGGACCAAGGAGGUCACCACAGUUAUGACCUCAGACAUCUCCAAGUCUUCAUCAAGGACAGAGUCCAGCUCAGCUACCCUUAUGUCCACAGCUUUGGGAAGCACUGAAAAUACAAAAAAACUCAGAACUGCCUCUAUGGAUCUUCCAUCUCCAGCUCCAUCAAUGGAGGUGACACCAUGGAGUUCUCUCACUCUCAGUAACAUCCCCAAGACCACAGAUUCACCUGACCUCAGCCAUGGGGUGCACACCAGCUCUACAGGGACUUUGGCCACUGACAGGCCAUUGAAUACUGGUGUCACUAGAGCCUUCAGAUUGGAAAACAGCUCCAGUACCUCUUCUGAGUCCCUGUCUGUGGGAACCAGCACUCGCACAUCCAUGAUUUACACAGAGAAGAGUGAAGUGCCUUCUUCAAUACAUCCCCAACCUGAGACCUCAGCUCCUGAAGCAGAGACCACUUUGACUUCCACUCCUGGAAACAAGGCCACAAGCUUAACAUUGCCUUUUUCAUCCAUUCCAGUGGAGGAAGUCAUUUUUACAGGCAUAACCUCAGGACUAGACAUCAGCUCAGCACCCAUGACACAUUCUCCCAUCACCCCACCAACAAUUGCAUGGACCAGUACAGGCACAAUUGAACAGUUCACUCAACCACUACAUGCAGUUUCUUCAGAAAACGUUUCUGGGCAGACACAGUCAACUCCAUAUGUCAAUGCUGUGGCAGUGUCUGCUUCCCCUACCCAUGAGAACUCAGUCUCUUCUGGAAGCAGCACGUCCAUUCCAUAUUCCUUAGCCUCACUUGAAUCCUUGGAUUCCACAAUCAGUACUAGUUUAUCUGAGGCAUUGUCCUCAGCUCAUUCUGGGGUUUCAAACCCAAGUUCAACUACGACUGAAUUUCCACUCUUUUCAGCUGCAUCCACAUCUGCUGCUAAGCAAACAAAUCCAGAAACAGAGACCUAUGGCCCCAAGAAUACAGCCCCGAGUACUUUGAACACUGAUGCAUCCUCAGGCACAGGUCUUUCUGAGACUCCUGUGGGGGCAACUAUCAGCUCUGAAGUCCUUCUUCCAAUGACCGUAACUUCCAGAUCAGAUGUUUCUGGCCUUACGUCUGAGAGUACUGCUAACCUGAGUUUAGGCACAGCCUCUUCAGGAGGGACCAAAUUAACUAGGACAAUAUCCCUGCCCACUUCAGAGUCUUUGGUUUCCUUUAGAAUGAACAAGGAUCCACGGACAGUGUCAAUCCCUUUGGGGUCCCAUCCAACUAUUAAUACAGAAACAAGCUUCCCAGUAAACAGUGCAGGUUCACCUGGCUUGUCCACAGUAGCAUCAGAUGUAAUUGACACACCUUCAGAUGGGGCUGAAAGUAUUCCCACUGUCUCCUUUCCCCUCUCCCCUGAUAAUGAAGUGACAACUAUCUCACAUUUCCCAGAAAAGACAACUCAUUCAUUUAGAACCAUUUCAUCUCUCACUCCUGAGUUGACUUCAAGAGUGACACCUACUCCUGGGGAUUGGACCGGUUCAGCUAUGUCCACAAAGCCCGCAGAAGCCAGUUCUUCCAUUACACUGGGAGAGAGAAUGACAAUCACCUCUGCUGCUCCAACCACUUCCCCCAUAGUUCUCACUGUUAGUUUCGCAGAGACCAGCACAGUUUCACUGGAUAAUGAAACUACAGUAAAAAUCUCAGAUAUCCUUGAGGCACGGACAACAAAUGAACUCCCCUCAGAUAGCAGUUCUUCUUCUGAUCUGAUCAACACCUCCAUAGCUUCUUCAACUAUGGAUGUCACUAAAACAGCCUCUAUCAGUCCCACUAGCAUCUCAGGAAGGACAGCAAGUUCCUCUCCAUCUCUCUUCUCUUCAGAUAGAUCCGAGGUUCCCACAUCUACAAUAGAGACAAAUACAGCCACCUCUCCAUCUGUUUCCAGUAACACCUAUUCUCUUGAUAGAGGCUCCAAUGUGGGUGGCACGCCAUCCACUUUACCACCCUUUACAAUCACCCACCCUGUCAAGACAAGCUCGGCCCUGUUAACCUCGUCUAGACCAGUAGGAACUUUCAGCACCAUGGUCAGCACUGACACUGCCGCCGGAGAAAAUCCUACCUCUAGCAAUUCUGUGGUGACUUCUGUUCCAGCACCAGGUAUAUGGACCAGUGUAGACAGCACUACUGACUUACCUGCCAUGGGCUCUCUCAAGACAAGUCCUGCAGGAGAGACACACUCACUUCCAGCAUCAACUAUUGAACCAGCCACUGCCUUCACUCCCCAUCUCUCAGCGACAGUGGUCACUGGAUCCAGUGCUACAUCAGAAGCCAGUCUUCUCACUAUGACUGAAAGCAAAACCAUUCAUUCUUCAUCACAGACCCCAACUACAACCACCUCUGGAGCAAGCUGGGAAACUUCAGCUACUCCUGAGAGCCUUUUGGCCGUCACUGAGACUUCAGACACAACACUCACUUCAAAGAUUUCAGUGACAGAUACCAUCUUGUUUUCAACUGUAUCCACACCACCUUCUAAACUUCCAAGUACAGGGACUGUCUCUGGAGCCUCCUCCCCUACUUUACUCCCGGCCACUCCAGCCAUCCCACUCACCACCACUGAGCCAACAAGUUCAUUAGCUACAUCCUUUGAUUCUACCCCACUGGUGACUAUAGAUUUGGAUAUACUUGGCACAGUCCCAGAGACUACCCUGACCAUGUCAGAGACCUCAAAUGGGGAUGCACUGGUUCUUAAGACAGUAAGUAACCCAGAUAGGAGCAUCCCUGGAAUCACUAUCCAAGGGGUAGCAGAAAGUCCACUCCAUCCUUCUUCCACUUCCCCCUCUAAGAUUGUUGCUCCACAGAACACAACCUAUGAAGGUUUGACCAUCAUGGCACUUUCUACUUUGCCUGCAGGAACUACCGGUUCCCUUGCAUUCGGUCAGAGUUCUGACACCUCAGAGACAACAGCUUUGGUGAACUCAUCAGCUGGGCUUGAGAGGGCAUCUGUGAUGUCACUAACCACAGGAAGCCAGGGUUUGGCCAGCUCUGGAGGAGUCAGAAGUGGGUCCACUCACUCAACUGGAGCCAACACAUUUUCUUCUCUCCCUCUGACCAUGAACCCAGGUGAGGUUACAGCCAUGUCUGAAAUCACCAUGAACAGACUGACAGCUACUCAAUCAACAGCGCCCAAAGGGAUACCUGUGAAGCCAACCAGUGCUGAGUCAGGGCUCCUAACACCUGUCGCUGCCUCCUCAAGCCCAUCAAAGGCCUUUUCAUCACUGACUACAGCUCCCACAACUUGGAGGAUCCCACAGUCCACCUUGACCUUUGAGUUUUUUGAGGUCCCAAGUUUGGAUACUAAGUCUGCUUCUUUACCAACUUCUGAACAGUCCCUGAACACCAUUCCAGACUCAGAUGCAAGCACAGCAUCUUCCUCACUGUCCAAGUCUCCAGAAAAAAACACAAGGACAGGGAUGAUGACUUCCACAAAGGCCAUAAGUGCAAGCUCAGUUCAAUCAACAGGUUUUACUGAAAUCCCUGAGGAAUCUGCCUCCCCUUCUAUGGCAGGACAUGAACCCAGAGUUCCCACUCCAGGAACAGGGGACCUUAUAUAUGCCUCAGAGAGCAUGUCUUAUCCAGACCCAAGCAAGGCAUCAUCAUCUAUGACAUCAACCCCUCUUGCAUCAAAACUCACAACUCUCUUCAGCACAGGUCAAGCAGCAAGGUCUGGUUCUAGUUCCCCUCCCAUAAGCCUAUCCACUGAGAAGGAAACCAGCUUUCUUUCCCCCACUGCAUCCACCUCCAGAAAGACUUCACUCUUUCUUGGGCCCUCUGUGGCAAGACAGCCCAACACAUUGGUGGAUCUUCAGACUUCAGCUCUGACACUUUCUCCAACAUCCACUCUAAAUAUGUCCCAGGAGGAGCCUCCUGAGAUAACCUCAAGCCAGACCACUACAGAAGAAGAGAGAACAACAGCUGAAACACAGACAUUAACCUUCACACCAUCUGAGACCCUGACAUCCUUGUUACCUGUCUCUUCUCCCACAGAACCCACAGCCGGAAGAAAAGGUUCUCCAGAAACAUGGGCAAGCUCUAUUUCAGUUCCCGCCAAGACCUCCUUGGUUGAAACAACUGAUGGAAUGCUAGUGCCCACUACAAAGAUGUCAAGUCAGGCAGCACAAGGAAAUUCCACAUGGCCAGCCCCAGUAGAGAAGACAGGGACCAGUCCAGCAGGUGCAUCCCCAGGAAGCCCAGAAAUGUCUACAGCUCUCAAAAUCAUGAGCUCCAAGAAACCCAGCAUCAGCCCAGAGAUCAGGUCCACUGUGAGAAUUUCUCCUUGGAAGACUCCAGAAACAACAGUUCCCAUGGAGACCACUGUGGAACCAGUCACCCUUCAGUCCACAGCCCUAGGAAGUGGCAGCACCAGCCUCUCUCACCUGCCCACAGGAGCCACAUCACCAACCAAGUCACCAGCAGAAAAUAUGGUGGCUACAGAAAGGGUCUUCCUCUCCCCAUCCCCACCUGAGGCUUGGACCAAUCUUUAUUCUGGAACUCCAGGAGGGACCAGGCAGCCACUGGCCACAACGCUCUCUGUCUCCUUAGAGUCACCAGCUGCCAGAAGCACGACAAGGACUGGUCAGCAAAGCAGUCCAGAACUGAUUUCGAAGACAACUGGAAUGGAAUCCUCUAUGUGGCAUGGCUCUACUGGAGGGGCCACAGUAGACACACAUGUCUCUCUGAGCACAUCUCCCAAUAUCCUUGAAGACCCUGUAACCAGCCCAAACUCUGUGAGCUCAGUCACAAAUAAAUCCAAACAUAAAACCGAGACAUGGGCCAGCACCACAGCCAUUCCCUCCACGAUCCUGAAUCACAAGACAGUGGCAGCUGAAGAACAGACAAGUCGAUCUGUGGAUGAGGCUUUUUCAUCAACUAGCUCAUGGUCAGAUCAGACAUCUGGGAGUGACAUCACCCUUGGUGCAUCUCCUGAUGUCACAAAGACAUUAUACAUCACCUCCACAGCACAAACCACCUCACUAGCAUCUCUGCCCUCUAGAGACCAAAGCAUUACCAGUCUCACCAGUCCCUCAGGAGGAAAAAGAAGCUCUGCAUCAUCUGUCACAUCCCCUGUGGAAGUGAGCAUCGUGAAUGUAACCACAGCUCCUACUCCAGGUAUCUCCACCACCAUCACCACCACGGGAACCAACUCAAUCGUGACUACCACACCCAGCCCUGAAGUGGGUGUGAGUACCAUGGACAGCACCCCGGACACAGAGAGGCACACAUCGUCUACAGAGCACCCUCCCACCUGGUCCUCCACAGUUGCAUCAGAUUCCUGGACUGCCACAGACAUGGCUUCAAACUUGAAAGUCGCAAGUUCUCCUGAAACAAUUUCUACAAUGCAUACAACUUCAUUCUUAGCCUCAAGCACUGAAUUGGACUCCAUGUCUACUCCCCAUGGCCUUAUAACUGUCAUUGGAACCAGCCUGGUCACUCCAUCCUCUGAUGCUUCAGCUGUAAAGACAGAGACCAGUACCAGUGAAAGAACAUUGAGUCCUUCGGACACAACUGCAUCUACUCCCAUCUCAACUUUCUCUCAUGUCCAGAGGAUGAGCAUCUCAGUUCCUGACAUUUUAAGUACAAGUUGGACUCCCAGUAAUACAGAAACAGAAGAUGUGCCUGUUUCAAUGGUUUCUACAGAUCAUGCUAGUACAACGACUGACUCAAAUAUGCCGCUGUCCACUUUUCUGUUUGAUUCUCGGUCCACUCUUGACUGGGACCCUGGGAAAUCUGUGUCACCAGCCACAGCCACUACCUCAGCUCCUCACGGGGCCACAACUCCUCAAGAACUCAUUUUGGAGACCAUCAUCAGCUCAGCUACCUCGCAGCUGCCCUUCUCUAUAGGGGACGUUACAAGUGUAGUCACACCAGCUGCAAUGGUAAGGAGCUCUGGAGUUACUUUUUCAAGACCAGAUCUGACAAGCAAAAAGGCAGAGCAGACUUCUACUCAACUUCCUACCACAAUUUCUGCACAUCCAGGGCAGGUGCCCAGAUCCGCAGCAACAACUCUGGAUGUGAUCCCACACACAGCACAAACUCCAGAUCCAACUCUUCAGAGACAAGGGCAGAGGGCUCUUACAACAGAGGCAAGAGCUACAUCUGACUCCUUGAAUGAGAAAGAAAAAUCAACCUCAAGUGCACUUUGGAUCACUGAGAUGAUGAAUUCUGUCUCACAGGAGACCGUCAAGGAGGUUACCAGCUCCUCCAGUGUAUUAAGGAGCCUGAAUACACUGGACAUAAGCUUGGAAUCUGCGACGACUUCAUCCCCAAGUUGGGAAAGCAGCCCGUAUGAGAGAAUUGCCCCUUCUGAGUCCACCACAGACAAAGAGGCAAUUCACCCUUCUACAAACACAGUAGAGACAACAGCAUGGGUCACAAGUUCCGAACAUGCUUCUCAUUCUACUGUCUCAGCUCACUCAGAGUCAUCCAAACUCACAUCUCCAGUGGUUACUGCCUCCACCAGGGACCAAGCAAUAGUUUCUGCAUCAGCAACCACAGGGCCAGAGUCUACAAGGACUGGAACAGAGCCUCAUUCCUCCUUGACUACUGAACUGAGGGAUUUCAGCCCUUACAUGGACCCCAGCGCAACCACACAAACAAGUAUUAUCUCUUCCCCAGGUUCCACUGCGACCACCAAGGGGCCUAGAACAGAAAUUACCUCCUCUAAGAGAAUAUCCAGCUCAUUCCUUGCCCACUCUGUGAGGUCAUCAGACAGCCCCUCAGAAACCAUCACCAGGCUGUCUAACUUCCCUGCCACGACAGAAUCUGGAGGAAUGACCCUCACUAUGCAAACAAGUCCACCUGGUGCUACAUCACUAAGUGCACCUACUUUGGAUACAUCAGCCACAGCCUCCUGGACAGGGACUCCACUGGCUAUGACUCAGAGAUUUACAUACUCAGAGAAGACCACUCUCUUUAGCAAAGGUCCUGAGGAUACAUCACAACCAAGCCCUCCCUCUGUAGAAGAAACCAGCUCUUCCUCUUCCCUGGUACCUAUCCAUGCCACAACCUCACCUUCCAAUAUUUUGUUGACAUCACAAGGACACAGUCCCUCCUCUCCUCCACCUGUGACCUCAGUUUUCUGGUCUGAGACCUCUGGCCUGGGGAAGACCACAGACAUGUCGAGGAUAAGCUUGGAACCUGGCACCAGUCUACCUCCCAAUUUGAGCAGUACAGCAGGUGAGGUGUUAUCGACUUAUGAAGCUUCCAGAGAUCCAAAGGCAAUUCACCAUUCUGCAAACACAGCAGUGACGACUAUGGAGGCAACUAGUUCUGAACAUUCUCCUGUCCCAGUCCAUACAAAGCCAUCCAAAGCCACAUCUCCAUUGGUUACCUCCCACAUCAUGGGGGACAUCACUGCUUCCACAUCAGUGUUUGGCUCCUCCGAGACCACAAAGAUUGAGACAGUGUCCUCUGUGAACCCAGGACUUCAGGAGAGAAGCACAUCCCAUGUGGCCAGCUCUGCUACAGAGACAAGCACUGUCAUUACCCAUGUGUCUAGUGGUGAUGCUACUACUCAUGUCACCAAGACACAAGCCACUAUCUCUAGCAGAACAUCCAUCCCAAGCCCUCAUCACUUCAAAACUUCUACCAAUGCAUUUACAAAUGUGAGCACCAACCCUUCUACCUCUCUGAUAAUGGCAGAAUCUUCAGGAGUGACCAUCACCACCCAGACAGGUCCUACUGGAGCUACAAUACAGGGUCCAUAUCUCUUGGACACAUCAAGCAUGCCUUACUUGACAGAGACUCCAUUGACUUUGACUCCAGAUUUUAUGCAAUCACAGAAGACCACUCUCAUGAGCAAAGGUCCCAAGGAUGUGUCACGGACAAGCCCUCCCUCUGUGGCAGAAACCAGCUCUCCCUCUUCCCUGACACCUAUCUUGGUCACAACCUCACCUCCUGCCACUUACACAUUACGAGGGCGAAGUACAUCCUCUCCUGUUUCUGUGACUUCAGUUCUCACCUCUGGACCGGUGAAGACCACAGAUACGUUGAACACAAGCAUGAAACCUGUGACCAAUUCACCUCCAAGUUUGAACAACACACCAAAUGAGAUGCUGGCCACUUUGGAAGCCACCACAGACAUAGAGACAAUUCAUCCUUCCAUAAACAAAGCAGUGACCAAUAUGGGGACCAUCAGUUCAGCACAUGAACUGCAUUCCACUCUCCUAGUCAGCUCAGAACCAUCCACAGCCACAUCUCCAAUGGUUCCUGCCUCUGCUACGGGGGACGCUCUUGCUUCCACAUCAACACCUCAUUCUGAGACCACAGACACUGAGGGAGAGCCAACAUCCUCCCUGACUGCUGAACAGAAAGAGAACAGCACCCUUCAGGAGAUGAACUCAACUACAGAGUCAAACAUCAUCCUCUCCAGUAUGUCUGUGGGGACUGCUGCUGAACCCUCCAAAGUGGAAGUCCCCUCUUUUGAUGCAACAUUCAUACCAACUCCUGCUCAGUCAACAAAGUUCCCAGAUAUUUUCUCGGUAUCCGGCAGUAGACUUUCAAACUCUCCUCCCAUGACAAUAUCUGCCCACAUGACCACCACCCAGACAGGGUCUUCUGGAGCUACAUCAAAGAUUCCACUUGCCUUAGACACAUCAACGUUGGAAACCUCAGCAGGGACUCCAUCAGUGGUGACUGAGGGGUUUGCCCCCUCAAAAAUAACCACUGCCAUGCACAAUGAUGCCAAGGAUGUGUCACAGACAAGCGCUCUCUUUGAGGAGGAAGCCAGCUCUCCCUUUUCUCAGGCACCUGUCCUUGUCACAAACUUACCUUCUCCUGUUUCUUUCACGUUGCAAUGGCACGGUACCUCCUCUCCUGUUUCUGUGUCCUCAGUUCCUACUUCUUCACUGGUAAAGAUCACAGGCAAGGUGGAUACAAGCUUAGAAACGGUGACCAGUUCACCUCAAAGUAUGAGCAACACUUUGGAUGACAUAUUGGCCACUUCAGCAGCCACCACAGAUAUACAGACAACACACCCUUCCAUAAACACAGCAGUGACCAAUGUGGGGACCACUAGUUCAGCAUUUGAAUCACAUUCUACUGUCUCAGCUGACCCAGAGCCAUCUAAAGUCACAUCUCCAAAUGUCACCACUUCCACCAUGGAAGACACCACAAUUUCCAGAUCAAUACCUAGAUCCUCUAAGACUACAAGAAUUGAGACUGAGACAACUUCCUCCCUGACUCCUAAACUGAGGGAGACCAGCAUCUCCCAGGAGAUCACCUCAUCCAUGGAGACAAGCACUGUUCCUUACAAAGAGCUUACAAACAUUAAGAGAGACACAACAUACUUCUUGACUCCUAGACUGAGGGAGACCAGUACCUCUCAGGAGUCCAGCUUUUCCACAGACAUGAGUUUUCUACUUUCCAAAGUCCCCACUGGCACUAUUACUGAGGUCUCCAGUACAGAGGUCAUCUCUUCUAGCAAAAUUUCCACCCCAGACCAUGAUAAGUCUACAAUGCCACCUGACACUUUUACAGGAGAGAUCUCCAGGGUCUUCACCUCCUCUAUUAAGACAAAAUCUGCAGAGAUGACCAUCACCACCCCAGCAAGUCCUCCUGGGUCUGCAUCACAUGGUACCCUUCCCUUGGACACAUUAACCACACUUUCCCAGGGAGGGACUCAUUCAACUGUGACUCAGGGAUUCCCACACUCAGAGGUGACCACUCUCAUGAGCAUGGGUCCUGAGAAUGUGUCAUGGAUGACAACUCCCCCUAUGGAAAAAACCAGCUUUGCGUCUUCCCUGAUGUCUUCACCUGCUACGAUAUCCCCUUCUCCUGUUUCCUCCAUAUCACCAGAGAGCAUCCCCUCCUCUCCUCUUCCUGUAACUGCACUUCCUACUUCUGUUCUGGUGAUAACCACAAGUGGGUUGGGCACUACAAGCCCAGAAUCUGUAACCAGUUCACCUCCAAAUUUGAGCAGCAGCACUCAUGAGAGACUGACCACUUACAAAGACACUGCACACACAGAAGCCGCCACACAUCCUUCCACAAACACCGCAGUGACCAAUGUAGGGACUUCCGGGUCUGGACAUGAAUCACAAUCCUCUACCUUAGUUGACUCAGAGACAUCGAAAGCCACACAUCUGAUGAGUACUACUUCCACCAUGGGGGACACUAGUGUUUCCAUAUCGACUCCUGAUAUCUCUCAAACUAGCCAAAUUCAAACAGAGUCAAUGGCAUCCCUGACCCCUAGACCGAGGGAGAGCAGCACGUCUGAGAAGAUCAGCUCAGUGACAGAGACAAAUAGUGCCAUUUCUUAUGUGCCCGCGGGUGCUACUGCUCAGGUCUCCAGGACAGAAGUCAUCUCCUCUAGCAGAACAUCCAUCUCAGACCUUGAUCAGUCCACAAUGACACCCAGCAUCUCCACAGGAAUGAUCCCCAGGCUCUUCACCUCCCCUAUCAUGACAAAAUCUGCAGAAAUGACCAUCACCACUCAACCAACUACUCCUAGGGCUACAUCACAUGGUACUAUUCCCUUGGACACAUCAACCACACUCUUCCAGGGAGGGACUCAUUCAACUGUGUCUCAGGGAUUCCCACACUCAGAGAUAACCACUCUUAGGAGCAGAACUCCUGAAGAUGUGUCAUGGAUGACAACUCCCUCUGUAGAAGAAACCAGCUCUGAGUCCUCCUUGAUGUCUUCACCUGCCAUGACAUCCCCUUCUCCUGUUUCCUCCACAUUAUCAGAGAGCAUCCCCUCCUCUCCUCUUCCUGUGACUGCACUUCUUACUUCUGUUCUGGUGACAGCCACAGAUGUGUUGGACAUGACAAGCCCAGAGCCUGUAACCAGUUCACCUCCAAAUUUAAGUAGCACCACACAUGAGAGACUAAUCGCUUACAAAGACACUGCACACACAGAAGUCAUGCAUCCUUCCACAAACACCGCAGUGGCCAACGUGGGAACCUCCAUUUCUGGACAUGAAUCACAACCUUCUGUCCUAGCUGACUCAAACACAUCCAAAGCCACAUCUCCAAUGGGUACCACCGUGAAGGUUUCUGCAUCAACUCCUACCUUCUUUGAGACUAGAAUUCAGACUGAAUCAGCAUCCUCUUUGACUCCUGGAUUAAAGGACACCAGCACGUCUGAGGAGAUCAACACUGUGACAGAGACAAGCACUGUCCUUUCAGAAAUGCCCCCUGCUACUACUACUGAGGUCUCCAGGACAGAAGUUAUCACCUCUAGCAGAACAUCCAUCUCAGGGCCUGAUCAUUCCAAAAUGUCACCCUACAUCUCCACAGAAACCAUCACCAGGCUCUCCACUUCUCCUGUUGUAACAGGAUCCACAGAAAUGACCAUCACCAACCAAACGGGUCCUAUAGGGACUACCUCACUGGCUACCCUUACCCUGGACACAUCAAGCACAACUUCCUGGGAAGGGACGCGCCCACCUGUGACUCAGAGAUUUCCACACUCAGAGGAUACCACUACUAGGAGCAGAGGUACUAAAGAUGUGUCAUGGCGAAGCUCUCCCUCUGUGGAAGAAACCAGUUCUUCUUCUUCCCUGGUGCCUUUAACUGCAAUAACCUCGCAUUCACCUCUUUUUUCCACAUUAUCAGGAAGUAGCCCCGCUUCUCCUCUCCCUGUGACUUCCCUUCUCACCUCUGGCAGGAGGAAGACCACGGACAUGUUGGACGCACUCUCAGAGCCUGUGACCAGCUCCUUACCAAAUGCAAGUAGCUUCUCAGGUGAGAUGCCCACUUCUGAAGCCUCCACAAAUACAGAGACAAUUCACUUUUCAGAGAACACAGCAGAAACCAAUAUGAGGACCACCAAUUCUAUGCAUGAACUACAUUCCUCUGUCUCAAUCCACUCCCAGCCAUCCAGACACACACCUCCAAAUGUUACUGGGUCUAUGAUGAAGGACGCUAUUUUUUCCACAUCAACACUUGGUUCUACUGAGACUAUAAAUAUUGACAGAGAGUCAACAUACCCCCUGACUUCUGAACUGACAGAGAAUGGCACCGCCCUGGUGAUGAACUCAACUACAGAGUCAAACAUUGUUUUCUCCAGUGUGUCCAUGGGUGCUGCUACUGAGGUCUCCAGGGCAGAAAUCCCCUACUAUAAUCCUACAUUCAUGCCAGCUUCUGCUCAGUCAACAAAGUCCCCAGACAUUUCACCUGAAGCCAGCAGCAGACAUUCUAACUCGCCUCCCUUGACAAUAUCUACACACAAGACCAUCACCACACAAACAGAUCCUCCUGGGGUGACAUCUCUUGGCCAACUGACCUUGGACACAUCAACCAUAGCCAAUCCAGCAGGAACCCCAUCAGCCAGAACUCAGGAUUUUGUAGACUCAGAAAUAACCACAGUCAUGAACAAUGAUCUCAGUGAUGUGUCAAAGACAAGCCCUUUCUCUGUAGAAGAAGCCAACUCUCUCUCUUCUCAGACACCUCUCCUUGUGACAACCUCACCUUCUCCUGUAACUUCCACAUUGCGAGUGCACAGUACCUCCUCUCUUGCUUCUGUGACCUCAGUACUCACCCCUGCACUAGUGAAGAUAACAGACAUGGACGCAAGCUUAGAACCUGUGACUCGUUCAUCUCAAAGUUUAAGCAACACCUCGGCCACUUCAGAAGCCAGCACAGAUACACACACAAUACAUCCUUCUAUAAACACAGCAGUGACCAAUGUGGGGACCAUCAGUUCACCACACGAAUUCUAUUUUACUGUCUCACCUGACUCAGAGCCAUAUAAAACCACAUCUCCAGUAGUUAUCACUUCCACCAUGGGGGACUCAAUAGUUUCCAUAUCAAUGCCCAGAUCCUCAGAGAUGACAAAGAUUGAGUCUGAGACAACUUCCUCCCUGACCUUUGGACUGAGGGAGAUCAGCACCUCCCAGAAAAUCGGCUCAUCCUCAGACACAAGCACUGUCUUUGACAAAGCACUCUCUGCUGCUACUACUGAGGUCUCCAGAACAGAACUCGCUUCCUCUAGCAGGACAUCCAUCCGAGGCACUGAAAAGCCCACAGUGUCACCAGAUACCUCCACAGGAUCUGUCACCAUGUUCUCUACCUUUGCUGGCAUGACAAAAUCUGAAGAAAUGACCAUCGCCACUCAGACAGGUCCUCAUAGGGCUACCUCACAGGGUACCCUUACCUGGGACACGUCAAUCACAACCUCACAGGCAGAGACCCACUCAGCUAUGACUCAUGGAUUUUCACAAUUAGAUGUAUCCACUCUUAUAAGUAGAGUUCCUGAGGAUGUAUCAGGGACAAGCCCACCCUCUGUGGAAAAAACCAGUUCUCCCUCUUCCCUUCUGUCUUUACCAGCAAUAACCUCACUGCUCCCUGUACCUACUACAUUAGUAGAAGGUAGGCCCUAUUCUUCUGUUCAUCUGACUUCACUCCCCACUUCUGGCCCGGUGAAGACCACAGAUAUGCUGGCAUCUGUGACCAGUUUACCUCCAAAUUUGGGCAGCCCCUCACAAAAGAUACUGACUACUUCUGAAGACAUUAAAGAUACAGAGAAAAUGUAUCUUUCCACAAACAUAGCAGUAACCGAUAUGGGGACCACCACUUCUGAAAAGGAAUCUUAUUCGUCUGUCCCAGCCUACUCAGAACCACCCAAAGUCACCUCUCCAAUGGUUACCUCUUUCACCACAAGGGACACCAUUGUUUCCACAUCCAUACCUGGCUCCUCUGAGAUUACAAGGAUUGAGAUGGAAUCAACAUCCUCCCUGGCUCAUGAGCUGAAGGAAACCAGCACCUCCCAGGAGCCCAUCGUAUCCACAGAGAAAAGUGCUGUCCUUCACAAGGUGACCACUGGUGCUACUCCUGAGACCUCUAGGACAGAAGUUGCCUCUUCUAGAAAAACAUCCGUUCCGGGCCCUGAUCAUUCCACAAAGUCACCAGACAUCUCCACUGAAGUGAUCCCCAGGCUGCCUAUUUCCUCUGGCAUUACAGAAUCUGCAAAUGUGACCAUCAUCACUCAAACAGGCCCUCCUCUUGGAUCUACAUCACAGGGUACAUUUACCUUGGACACACCAACUACAUCCUCCAGGGCAGGAACACACUCGAUGGUGACUCAGGAAUUUCCACACUCAGAAAUGACCACUCUCAUGAACAAGGACCCUGAGAUUCUAUCACAGACAAUCCCUCAUUCUAUAGAGAAAACCAGCUUCUCCUCUUCCCUGAUGCCUUCACCAGCCAUGACCCCACCUUCUCCCAGUUCCUCAACAUUACCAAAGACCAUUCACACCACUCCUUCUCCUAUGAUCUCACUGCUCACCUCUAGUCUAGUGAUGACCACAGACAUGUUAGGCACAAGCCCAGAAGCUACAACCAGUUCACCUCCAAAUUUGAGCAGUACCUCACAUGAGAUACUGAUGACAGACGAAGACACCACAGCUAGAGAAGCCAUGCAUCCUUUCACAAGCACAGCAGUGACUAAUGUGGAAACCACCAGCUCUGGACAUGGGUUACAAUCCUCUGUCCUAGCUGACUCAGAAAGAACCAAGGCUACAGCCCCAAUGGAUACCACCUCCACCAUGGGGCAUACAACUGUUUCCACAUCAAUGUCUGUUUCCUCUGAGACUACAAAAAUUAAGAACGAGUCAACAUAUUCCUUGACUCCUGGACUGAGGGAGACCAGCAUCUCCCAAAAUGCCAGCUUUUCCACUGACACAAGUAUUGUUCUUUCAGAAGUCCCCACUGGUACUGCUGCUGAGGUCUCCAGGACAGAAGUCACCUCCUCUGGUAGAACAUCCAUCCCUGGCCCUUCUCAGUCCACAAUGUUGCCAGAAAUAUCCACCAGAACAAUGACAAGGCUCUUUGCCUCGCCUACCAUGACAGAAUCAGCAGAAAUGACCAUCCCCACCCAAACAGGUCCUUCUGGGUCUACAUCACAGGAUGCCCUUUCCCUGGACACAUCCACCACAAAGUCCCAGGCAAAGACUCAUUCAACUUUGACUCAGAGAUUUCCACACCCAGAGCAGACCACUCUCAUGAGCAGAGGUCCUGGAGAUAUGUCAUGGCAAAGCUCUCUCUCUGUGGAAAAACCCAGCUCUCUCCCUUCCCUGCUGUCUUUACCUGCCACAAUCUCACCUCCUCCCGUUUCCUCCACAUUACCAGUGAGUAUCUCCUCCUCUCCUCCUCCUUUGACUUCACUUCUCACCUCUGGCCCGGUGACGACCACAGACAUGUUACGCACAAGCCCAGAACUUGUAACAAGUUCACCUCCAAAGCUGAGCCACACUUCAGGUGAGAGACUGACCACUGGCAAGGACACCACAGAUACAGAAGCUGUGCAUCCUUUCACAAACACAGCCAUGUCCAAUGUGGAGACCUCCAGCUCUGGACAUGAAUCCCCUUCCUCUACCUUAGCUGACUCAGAGACAUCCAAAACCACAUCACCAAUGUUUAUUACCUCCACACAGGAGGACACAACUGUUGUUAUAUCAACCCCUCACUUCUUGGAGACUAGCAGAAUUCAGAAAGAGUCCAUUUCCUCCCUGACCCCUAAAUUGAGGGAGACCAGCAGUUCUGUGGAGACAAGCUCAGCCACGGAGACAAGUGCUAUCCUUUCUGAAGUGCCCACUGGUGCUACUACUGAGGUCUCCAGGACAGAAGUCACCUCCUCUAGCAGAACAUCCAUCUCUGGUCCUGCUGAGUCCACAAUGUUGCCAGAAAUAUCCACCACAAGAACAGUCAUUAAGUUCCCUACCUCCCCCAUCAUGGCAGAAUCAUCAGAAAUGACCAUCAAGACCCAAACAAGUCCUCCUCGAUCUACACCAGGGAGUACCCUUACAUUAGACACAUCAACCACACCCUCCUUGGUAAUAACCCACUCAACUAUGACUCAGAGAUUGCCACACUCAGAGAUAACCACUCUUGUGAGUAGAGGUUCUGUGGAAGAAACCAACCCUCCAUCUUCCCAACUAUCUUUACCUGCCAUGAUCUCACCUUCUUCUGUUUCUUCCACAUUACCAGCAAGUAGCCACUCCUCUUCUGCUUCUGUGACUUCGCUUCUCAUGCCAGGCCAAGUGAAGACUACAGAGGUAUUGGACACAAGCGCAGAACCUGAAACCAGUUCACCUCCAAGUUUGAGCAGUACCUCAGUUGAAAUACUGGCCACCUCUGAAGUCACCACAGAUACAGAGAAAAUUCAUCCUUUCUCAAACACAGCAGUAACCAAAGUGGGAACUUCCAGUUCUGGACAUGAAUCCCCUUCCUCUGUCCUACCUGACUCAGAGAUAACCAAAGCCACAUCGCCAAUGGGUACCAUCUCCAUCAUGGAGAAUACAAGUGUUUCCAUAUUAACUCCUGCCUUAUCUGACACUAGGAAAAUUCAGACAGAGCCAGCUUCCUCACUGACCACCAGAUUGAGGGAGACCAGCACCUCUGAAGAGACCAGCUCAGCCACAGAGGCAAGCACUGUUCCUUCUGAAGUGUCCACUGGUGCUACUACUGAGGUCUCCAGGACAGAAGCCAUCUCCUUUAGCAGAACAUCCAUCUCAGGCCCUGAGCAGUCCACAAUGUCACAAAACAUCUCCACAGAAACCAUCACCAGGAUUUCUGCCUCCUCUGUCAUGACAGAAUCUGCCAAAAUGACCAUCACAACCCAAACAGGUCCUCCGGGAUCUACACCAGAAAGUACCCUUAAUUCGGACACAGCAACCACAUCCUCUUGGGAAGAAACCCACUCUACAGUAACUCAGGGAUUUCCACACCCAGAGAUGACCACUUCCAUGGGCAGAGGUCCUGGAGGUGUGUCAUGGCCUAGCCCUCCCGUUGUGAAAGAAACCAGCCCUCCAUCUUCCCCACUGUCUUUACCUGCCGUGACCUCACCUCAUCCUGUUUCCACCACAUUCCCAGCACAUAUCCUCCACUCUCCCCUUCCUGUGACUUCGCUUCUCACCUCUGGCCCGGUGAUGACCACAGAUAACUUGGGUAUAAGCACAGAACCUGGAACCAGUUCAUCUUCAAGUUUGAGCAGCACCUCCCGUGAGAGACUGACCACUAACAAAGACACUGCACAUACAGAAGCUGUGCAUCCUUCCACAAACACAGGAGGGACCAAUGUGGUGACCACCAGCUCUGGAUAUAAAUCACAAUCCUCUGUCCUAGCUGACUCAGAGACAUCCAAAGCCUCAUCUCCAACGGGUACCACCUCCACCAUGGGGGAUACAAGUGUUCUCACAUCAACUCCUGCCAUCCUUGAGACUAGAAGGAUUCAGACAGAGCCAACUUCCUCCCCAACCCCUGGAUUGAGGGAGUCCAGUGGCUCUGAAGGGACCAGCUCAGGCACCAAGAUGAGCAUCAUCCUUUCUAAAGUGUCCACUGGUGCUACUACUGAGAUCUCCAAGGAAGACAUCACCUCCAUCCCAGGUCCCGCUCCAUCCACAAUAUCACCAGACAUCUCCACAGGAACCAUCAGUUGGUUAUCUACAUCCCCUGUCAUGACAGAAUCAACAGAAAUAACCAUGAACACCCACACAAGUCCUUUAAGGGCCACAACACAAGGCACCAGUACUUUGGACACUUCAAGCAUAACCUCUUUGACAAUGACACACUCAACUCUAUCUCAAGGAUUUUCACACUCACAGAUGAGCACUCUUAUGAAGAGGGGUCCUGAGGAUGUAUCAUGGAUGAGCCCUCCCCUUCUGGAAAAAACUAGCUCUUCCUCUUCUCUGAUGUCUUCACCAACCACAACUUCACCUUCUCCUGUUUCCUCCACAUUAACAGGCAGCAUCUCUUCCUCUCCUCUUCCUGUGACAUCACUCCUCACAUCUGGCCUGGCAAAAACUACAGAUACGUUGCACAAAAGCUCGGAAUCUGUAACCAACUCACCUGCAAAUUUGAGCAGCACCUCAGUUGAAAUACUGGCCACCUCUGAAGUCACUACAGAUACGGAGAAAAUUCAUCCUUCUUCAAACAGAGCAGUGACCGAUGUGGGUACCUCCAGUUCUGGACAUGAAUCUCCUUCCUCUGUCCUAGCUGACUCAAAGACAUUCAACGUCACAUCUCCAAUGGUUAUUACCUCCACCAUGGAGGAUACAAGUGUCUCCACAUCAACUCUUGGCUUUUUUCAGACUAGCAAAAUUCGGACAGAACCAACAUCCUCCCUGACCCUUGGAGUGAGAAAGACCAGCAGCCCUGGGGGGACCAGCUUAGCCACAGAGAUGAGCACUGUCCUUUCUGGAGUGCCUGCUGAUGCCACUGCUGAAGUCUCCAGGACAGAAGUCACCUCCUCUGGCAGAACAUCCGUCUCAGGCCUUGCUCAGCUCACAGUGUCACCAGAGACCUCCACAGAAACCAUCACCAGACUCCCUACUUCUCUUCCUGUGACUUCUUUUCUCACCCCUGGCCUGGUGAUAACCACAGACAGGAUGGGCAUAAGCAGAGAACCUGAAACCAGCUCCACUUCAAAUUUGAGCAGCACCUCCCAUGAGAGACUGACCACUUUGGAAGACACUGUGGAUACAGAAGCCAUGCAUCCUUCCACAUACACAGCAGUGACCAACAUAGGGACCUCCAGUUCUGGACAUGAAUCACAAUCUUCUGUCCUAGCUGACUCAGAGACACCCAAAGCCACAUCUCCAAUGGGUACCAUCUACACCAUGGGGGAAACUAGUGUUUCCAUAUCCACUUCUGACUUCUUUGAGACCAGCAGAAUUCAGAUAGAACCAACAUCCUCCCUGACUUCUGGAUUGAGGGAGACCAGCAGCUCUGAGAGGAUCAGCUCAGCCACAGAGAGAAGUACUGUCUUUUCUGAAGUGCCCAGUGGUGCUACCACUGAGGUCUCCAGGACAGAAGUGAUCUCCUCUAGGGGGACAUCCAUGUCAGGGCCUGAUCAGUCCACCAUGUCUCCAGACAUCUCCACUGAAGCGAUCACCAGGCUUUCUACCUCCCCCAUUAUGACAGAAUCAGCAGAAAGUGCCAUCACUAUUCAGACAGGUUCUCCUGGGGCUACAUCACAGGGUACCCUCACCUUGGACACCUCAACAACAACCUUUUGGUCAGGGACCCACUCAACUGCAUCUCCAGGAUUUUCACACUCAGAGAUGGCCACUCUUAUGAGUAGAACUCCUGGAGAUGUGUCAUGGCCAAGCCUUCCCUCUGUGGAAGAAGCCAGCUCUGUUUCUUUUCCACUGUCUUCACCUGCCAUGACCUCGCCUUCUUUUCCCUCUACAUUACCAGAGAGCAUCCCCUCCUCUCCUCAUCCUAUGACUGUACUUCUCACCCCUGGCCCAGUGAAGACCACAGACAUGUUGGGCACAAGCUCAGAACCUGAAACCAGUCCACCUCCAAAUUUGAGCAGCACCUCAGAUGAAAUAUUAGACACCUCUGAAGUCACCAAAGAUACAGAGAAAAUUCAUCCCUCCUCAAACACACCAGUGGUCAAUGUACGGACCCUGGUUUAUAAACAUCUUUCCCCUUCCUCUGUUUUGGCUGACUUAGUGACAACAAAAGCCACAUCUCCAAUGGCUACCACCUCCACUCUGGGGAAUACAAGUGUUUCCACAUCAACUCUUGCCUUCCCAGAAACUAUGAUGACAAAGCCAACUUCCUCCCUGACUUCUGAAUUAAGGGAGAUCAGUACCUCUCAAGAGAUCAGCUCAACAACAGAAAGAAGUGCUUCUCUUUCUGGAAUGCCCACUGGUGCUACUACUGAGGUCUCCAGAACAGAAGCCAUCUCCUCAAGCAGAACAUCCAUCCCAGGUCCUGCUCAAUCCACAAUGUCACCAGACAUCUCCACGGAAACCAUCACUAGAAUUUCUACUCCCCUCACCACGAUAGAAUCAGCAGAAAUGACCAUCACCCCCAAAACAGGUCAUUCUGGGGCAUCCUCACAAGGUACCUUUACCUUGGACACAUCAAGCAGAGCCUCCUGGCCAGGAACUCACUCAGUUGCAACUCACAGAUCUCCACAAUCAGUGAUGACCACUCCUAUGAGCAGAGGUCCUGAGGAUGUGUCAGGGCCAAGCCUCCCAUCAGUGGAAAAAACUAGCCCCCCAUCUUCCCUGGUGUCUUUAUCUGCAGUAACCUCACCUUCGCUGCUUUAUUCCACAACAUCUGGGAGUAGCCACUCCUCUCCUCUCCGGGUGACUUCUCUUUUCACCCCUGUCGUGAUGAAGACUGCCGACAUGUUGGACACAAGCUUGGAACCUGUGACCACUUCACCUCCCACUAUGAAUAUCACCUCAGAUGAGAGUCUGGCCACUUCUAAAGCCACUAUGGACACAGAGGCAAUUCACGUUUCUGAAAACACAGCUGUGACCCAGGUGGGCACCACCAGAGCUAGACAAGAAUUCUAUUCCUCUUACCCAGGCUUCCCAGAGCCAUCCAAAAUGACAUCUCCAAUGGUCACCUCUUCCACGAUAAAAGACAUUGUUUCUACAACCACACCUGCUUCCUCUGAGAUAACAGGAACUGAGAUGGAGUCAACAUCCACCCUGACCCCCACACCAAGGGAGACCAGGAUCUCCCAGGAGAUCCACUCAGCCACAGAGCCAAGCACUGUUCCUUACAAGGCACUCACUAGUGCCACGAUUGAGUACUCCCGGACACAAGUCACGUCCUCUAGCAGAAGACCUAGCCCUGAUCAGUCCACAAUGUCACCAGACAUCUCCACUGAAGUGAUCACCAGGCUCUCUACCUCCCCCAUCAAGACAGAAUCUAAAGAAAUGACCACUACCUCCCAAACGGGUUCUCCUGGGGCUACAUCACAGGGUACGCUUACCUUGGACACCUCAACAACAACUUUUAUGUCAGGGACCCACUCAACUGCAUCUCAAGGAUUUUCACACUCAGAGAUGACCACUCUUAUGAGUAGAACUCCUGGAGAUGUGCCAUGGCCAAGCCAUCCCUCUGUGGAAGAAACCAGCUCUGCCUCUUCUUUGCUGUCUUCACCUGCUAUGACCUCACUUUCUCCUGUUUCUUCCACAUUACCGGACAGCAUCCACUCCUCUUCUCUUCCUGUGACAUCACUUCUCACCUCGGGCCUGGUGAAGACCACAGAGCUGUUGGGCACAAGCUCAGAACCUGAAACCAGUUCACCCCCAAAUCUGAGCAGCACCUCAGCUGAAAUACUGGCCACCACUGAAGUCACCACAGAUACAGAGAAACUGAAGGUGACCAAUGUGGUAACCUCAGGUUAUACACAUGAAUCUCCUUCCUCUGCCUUAGCUGACUCAGUGACAACAAAAGUCACAUCUUCAGUAGGUAUCACCUACCCUACAGGAGAUACAAAUGUUCUCACAUCAACUCCUGCCUUCUCUGACACCAGCAUUCAGACAAAGCCAACGCUUUCACUGACUCCUGGGUUGAUGGAGACCAGCGCCUCUGAAGAGACCACCUCUGCCACAGAAACAAACACUGUCCUUUCUAGUGUGCCCACUGGUGCUACUCCUGAGGUCUCCAGGACAGAAGCCAUCUCCUCUAGCAGAACAUCCAUCCCAGGCCCCGCUCAAUCCACAGUGUCACCAGACACCUCCACGGAAACCAUCACUAGAAUUUCUACUCCUCUCACCAGGAAAGAAUCAACAGAAAUGGCCAUCACCCCCAAAACAGGUCAUUCUGGGGCUACCUCACAGGGUACCUUUACCUUGGGCACAUCAAGCAUAGCCUCCUGGCCAGGAACUCACUUAGCUGCAACUCAGAGAUUUCCACAGUCAGUGGUGACAACUCCUAUGAGCAGAGGUCCUGAGGAUGUGUCAUGGCCAAGCCUCCCAUCUGUGGAAAAAAACAGCUCUCCAUCUUCCCUGGUGUCUUUAUCUGCAGUAACCUCACCUUCGCCGCUUUAUUCCACACCAUCUGGGAGUAGCCACUCCUCUCCUGUCCCUGUCACUUUGCUUUUCACCUCUGUCAUGAUGAAGACCACAGACAUGUUGGAUGAAAGCUUAGAACCUGAGACCACUUCACCUCCCAGUUUGAAUAUCACCUCAGAUGGGAGUCUGGCCACUUCUAAAGCCACUAUGGAGACAGAGGCAAUUCAGGUUUUUGAAAACACAGCAGCGUCCCAUAUGGAAACCACCAGUGCUAGAGAGGAACUCUAUUCCUCCUCCCCAGGCUUCUCAGAGCCAACCAAAGUGACAUCUCCAAUGGCCACCUCUUCCUCUAUAAGAGACAACAUUGUUUCCACAACAAUGCCUGUCUCCUCUGGCCUUACAAGGAUUGAGAUAGAGUCAAUGUCAUCUCUGACCCCUGGACUGAGGGAGACCAGAACUUCCCAGGACAUCAUCUCAUCCACAGAGACAAGCACUGUCCUUUACAAGAUGCCCUCUGGUGCCACUCCUGAGGUCUCCAGGACAGAAGUUAUGUCCUCUAGCAGAACAUCCAUUCCUGGCCCUGCUCAGUCCACAAUGUCACCAGACAUCUCCGAUGAAGUUGUCACCAGGCUCUCUACCUCCCCCAUCAUGACAGAAUCUGCAGAAAUAACCAUCACCACCCAAACAAGUUCUUCUCUGGCUACAUCCCAGGUUACCCUUCCCUUGGGCACCUCAACGACCUUUUUGUCAGGGACCCACUCAACUGUGUCUCAAGGACUUUCACACUCAGAGAUGACCAAUCUUAUGAGCAGGGGUCCUGAAAAUCUGUCAUGGACGAGCCCUCGCUUUGUGGAAACAACUAGAUCUUCCUCUUCUCUGACAUCAUUACCUCUCGCGACCUCACUUUCUCCUGUGUCCUCCACGUUACUAGAGAGUAGCCCCUCCUCUCCUCUUCCUGUGACUUCACUUAUCCUCCCAGGCCUGGUGAAGACUACGGAAGUGUUGGACACAAGCUCAGAGCCUAAAACCAGUUCAUCUCCAAAUCUGAGCAGCACCUCAGUUGAAAUACCGGCCGCCUCUGAAAUCAUCACAGAUACAGAGAAAAUUCAUUCUACCUCAAACACAGCGGUGACCAAAGUGGGGACCUCCAGUUCUGUUCAUGAAUCUCAUUCCUCUGUCCUAGCUGACUCAGAAACAACGAUGACCACACCUUCAAUGGGUAUCACCUCCCCUGUGGAGGACACCACUGUUUUCACAUCAAUUCCUGCCUUCUCUGAGACUAGGAGGAUUCCAACAGAGCCCACAUUCUCACAGACUCCUGGAUUCAGGGAGACUAGCACCUCUGAAGAGACCAGUUCAAUCACAGAAACAAGUGCGGUCCUUUUUGGAGUGCCCACUAGUGCUACUACUGAGGUCUCCGUGACAGAAAUCAUGUCCUCUAACAGAACACAUAUCCCUGACCCUGAUCAGUCCACAAUAUCUCCAGACAUCAUCACUGAAGUGAUCACCAGGCUCUCUUCCUCAUCCAUGAUGUCAGAAUCAACAGAAAUGACCAUCACCACCCAAACAAGUUCUCCUGGGGCUACAACACAGAGUACCCUUACCUUGGCCCCAACAAUAGCACCCUUGGCAAAGACCCAUUCAACUGUUCCUCCAAGAUUUUUACACUCAGAGAUGACAACUCUUAUGAGUAGGAGUCCUGAAAAUCCAUCAUGGAAGAGCUCUCCCUUUGUGGAAAAAACUAGCUCUAGCUCUUCCUCUUCUCUGUUGUCCUUACCUGUCACGACGUCAGCAUCUGUUUCUUCCACAUUACUACAGAGUAUCCCUUCCUCCUCUUUUCCUGUGACUUCACUCCUCACCCCAGGCAUGGUGAAGACUACAGACAUAAGCACAGAACCUGGAACCAGUUUAUCUCCAAAUCUGAGCAGCACCUCAGUUGAAAUACUGGCUGCCUCUGAAGUCACCACAGAUACAGAGAAAAUUCAUCCUUCUUCAAGCAUGGCAGUGACCAAUGUGGGAACCACCAGUUCUGGACAUGAACUGUAUUCCUCUGUUUCAAUCCACUCGGAGCCAUCCAAGGCUACAUACCCAAUGGGUACUUCCUCUUCCAUGGCCGAAACCACUAUUUCCACAUCAAUGCCUGCCAAUAUUGAGGCCACAAGAUCUGAGGCAGAGCCAUUUUCUCAUUUGACUUCUGCAUUUAGGAAGACUAACAUGUCCCUGGACACCAGCUCAGUCACACCAACAAAUACACCUUCUUCUCCUGGGUCUACUCAUCUUUUACAGAGUUCCAAGACUGAUUUCACCUCUUCUGUGAAAACAUCAUCCCCAGACCGGCCUCCAGCCUCACAGUAUACUGAAAUUCCAGAGGACACAAUCACCCCCUUUAAUGCUUCUCCAUCUAUUAUGGAGUCCACUGGAGUAACCUCCUUUCCAGAAUCCAAGUUUACUAUGUCUGUAACAGAAAGUACUCAUCAUCUGAGUACAGAUUUGUUGCCUUCAGCUGAGACCAUUUCCACUGGCACAGUGAUGCCUUCUCUAUCAGAGGCUGUGACUUCAUUUGCCACCACUGGAGUUCCACGAGUCAUCUCGGGUUCAGGUAGUCCAUUCUCUAGGACAGAGUCAGGCCCUGGGGAUGCUACUCUAUCCACCAUUGCAGAGAGCCUGCCUUCAUCCACUCCUGUGCCAUUCUCCUCUUCAACCUUCACUACCACUGAUUCUUCAACCAUCCCAGCCCUCCAUGGGAUAACUUCCUCUUCAGCUACUCCACAUAGAGUGGACACCAGUCUUGGGACAGAGAGCAGCACUACUGAAGGACAUUUCGUUAUGGUCAGUACUUUGGACACUUCGAGCCAACCAGCCAGGACAUCUUCAUCACCUAUUUUGGAUACCAGAAUGACAGAGAGCAUUGAGCUGGGAACAGUGACAAGUGCUUAUCAAGUUCCUUCACUCUCAACACGGUUGACAAGAACUGAUGGCAUUAUGGAGCACAUCACAAAAAUACCCAGUGAAGCAGCACACAGAGGUACCAUAAGACCAGUCAAAGGUCCUCAGACAUCCACAUUGCCUGCCAGUCCUAAAGGACUACACACAGGAGGGACAAAAAGAAUAGAGACCACCACCACAGCUCUGAAGACCACCACCACAGCUCCGAAGACCACUUCCAGAGCCAUCUUGACCACCAGUGUCUAUACUUCCACUUUGGGAACACUGACUCCCCUCAAUGCAUCAGUGCAAAUGGCCAGCACAAGUACCACGGAAAUGACGAUCACAACCCCAUAUGUUUCCCCUGAUGUUCCAGAAAUGACAUCCUCAUUGGCCACCAGCCUGGGAGCAGAAACCAGCACAGCUCUUUCCAGGACAACCCCAUCUGUUUUCAAUAGAGAAUCAGAGACCACAGCCUCACUGGUCCCUAGUUCUGAGGCAGAGACAAGUCCAGCCAUUCAAACUCUAGAUGUUUCUUCUAGUGAGCCAGAUACAACAGUUUCAUGGGUUAUCCAUCCUGCAGAGACCAUCCCAACUGUUUCCAAGACAACCACCAGUUUUUUCCACAGUGAAUCACACACUGUAUCUUCCACAGCCACCAGUCAUGGGGUAGAAGUCAGCUCAGCCAUUCCAACAAAUAUCUUACCUAGUGAACCAGAUGCACUGACCCCACUGGUCACUAUUUCUGGGACAGAUGCUAGUACUACAUUCCCAACACUGACUAAGUCCCCACAUGAAACACAGACAAGAACCACAUGGCUCACUCAUCCUGCAGAGACCGGCUCAACCAUUUCCAGAACAAUCCCCAAUUUUUCCCAUCGUGAAUCAGAUGCCACACUUUCAGUGGCCACCAGUCCUGGGGCAGAAACCAGUUCAGCUAUUCCAACUAUGACUGUCUCACCUGGUGCAGCAGAUCUGGUGACCUCACAGGUCACUAGUUCUGGAACAGACCGAAAUAUGACUAUUCCAACUUUGAGUCUUUCUUCUGGUGAACCAAAGACCACAGCCUCAUUAGUCACCCAUCCUGAAGCACAGACAAGUUCGGCCAUUCCAACUUCAACUAUCUCGCCUGGUAUAUCACGGAUGGUGACCUCAAUGGUCACCAGUUUGGCGGCAGAGACAAGUACAACUAAUCCAGCUCUGACAAGCUCCCCUGGUGAACCAGCUACCACAGAUUCAUUGGUCACGCAUCCUGCACAGACCAGCCCAACAGUUCCCUGGACAACUUCCAUUUUUUUUCAUAGUAAAUCAGACACCAUACCUUCAAUGGCCACCAGUCAUGGGGCACAAUCCAGUUCAGCUGUCCCAAUUCCAACUGUUUCACCUGGAGUACCAGGAGUGGUAACCCCUGUGGUCACUAGUUCUAUGACAGUGACAGGUACAACUACUCCAAUUCUGACUCUUUCUGCUGGUGAACCAGAGACUACACCUUCAAUGGCCAUCAGUCAUGAGGCAGAAGCCAGCUCAGCUGUUCCAACUGUUUCACCUGGGGUACCAGGAGUGGUGACCUCUCUGGUCACUAGUUCUAGGGCAGUGACCAGUACAACUAUUCCAAUUCUGACUCUUUCUCCUGGUGAGACAGAGACCACACCUUCAAUGGCCACCAGUCAUGAGGCAGAAGUCAGCUCAGCUGUUCCAACUGUUUCACCUGGGGUACCAGAAGUGGUGACAUCUUUGGUCACUAGUUCUAGGGCAGUGACAGGUACAACUAUUCCAAUUCUGACACUUUCUCCUGGUGAACCAGAGACCACACCUUCAAUGGCCACCAGUCAAAGGGCAGAAGCCAGCUCUGCUGUUUCAACUCCAACUCUUUCACCUGGGAUACCAGGAGUGGUGACCCCUUUGGUCACUAGUUCUAGGGCAGUGACCAGUACAUCUAUUCCAACUCUGACUCUUUCUCCUGGUGAACCAGAGACCACACCUUCAAUGGCCACCAGUCAUAGGGCAGAAGGGGGAAACCAACUCUCUGCUGUUCCAACUCCAACUGUUUCACCUGGGGUACCAGGAGUGGUGACCCCUUUGGUCACUAGUUCUAGGGCAGUGACCAGCUCAACUAUUCCAACUCUGACUCUUUCUCCUGGUGAACCAGAGACCACACCUUCAAUGGCCACCAGUCAUGGGGAAGCCAGCUCAACUGUUCCAACUGUUUUACCUGAGGUACCAGGAGUGGUGACCUCUCUGGUCACUAGUUCUAGUGCAGUAGCCAGUACAGCUAUUCCAACUCUGGCUAUUUCUUCUGGUGAACCAGAGACCACAACUUCAUUAGUCACCCGUUCUGAGGCAAAGACAAUUUCAGCCAUUCCAACUUUAGCUGUCUCCCCUACUGUACAAGGGCUGGUGACUUCACUGGUCCCUAGUUCUGGGUCAGAGACCAGUGCAUUUCCAAAUCUAAAUGUUGCCUCAGGUCAACCAGAGACCACAGCCUCAUGGGUCACUCAUUUUGGGACAGCAACAAACUCUGUUUUUCCAACUUUGACUGUCUCCACUGGGGAGCCAUUUACAAAAAUCUCAUUUGUCACCCAUCCUGCAGAGAGUAGCUCAACUGUUCCCAGGACAACCUCAAGCUCUUCCCAUAGUGAAUCAGACGCUAUGCCUUCCACAGUCACCAGUCCUGAGGCAGAAUCCAGCUCAGCCAUUUCAACAACUAUUUCACGUGGUAUACCAGGUGUGCUGACUUCCCUGGUCACUAGCUCUGGGACAGACAUCAGUACAACUUUUCCAACAGUGCCUGAGUCCCCACAUGAAUCAGAGGCAACAGCCUCAUGGGUUACUCAUCCUGCAGUCACCAGCACAACAGUUCCCAGGACAACCCCUAAUUUUUCUCAUAGUGAACCAGACACCACACCCUCAAUAGCCACCAGUCCCGGGGCAGAAGCCAGUUCAGCUUUUCCAACAACUGCCUCAUCUGAUGUACCAGAUAUGGUGACCUCACAGGUCACUAGUUCUGGGACAGACACCGGUAUAACUAUUCCGGCUCUGACUCUUUCUCCUGAUGAACCAGAGACCACAACCUCAUUUAUCACCUAUUCUGAGACACACAUAAGUUCAGCCAUUCCAACUCUGACUGUCUCCCCUGGUGCAUCAAAGAUGCUGACCUCACUGGUCACUAGUUCUGGGACAGACAGCACUACAACUUUCCGAACACUGACGGAGACCCCAUAUGAACCAGAGACAACAGCCACACAGCACAUUCAUCCUGCAGAGACCAACACAAUGGUUUCCAGGACAACCCCCAAGUUUUCCCAUAGUGAGUCAGACACCACACUCCCAGUAGCCAUCACCAGUCCUGGGCCAGAAGCCAGUUCAGCUGUUUCAACGACAACUAUCUCACCUGAUAUGUCAGAUCUGGUGACCUCACUGGUCCCUAGUUCUGGGACAGACACCAGUACAACCUUCCCAACAUUGAGUGAGACCCCAUAUGAACCAGUGACUACAGCCACAUGGCUCACUCAUCCUGCAGACACCAGCACAAAGGUUUCUAGGACAAUUCCCAACUUUUCCCAUAGGGGAUCAGACAGUACACCCUCAAUGGUCACCAGUCCUGGAGUAGACGCCAGGUCAGCUGUUCCAAUUACAACCAUCCCAUCCAGUAUACCAGAGGUAGUGACGUCACAGGUCACUAGUUCUGCAACAGACACUAGUACAGCUAUUCCAACUUUGACUCCUUCUCUUGGUGAACCAGAGACCACAGCCUCAUUGGCUGCCCAUCCUGGGACACAGACUGGCUUCACUGUUCCAGUUCGGACUGUUCCCUCUAGUGAGCCAAGUACAACAGCUUCCUGGGUCACUCAUCCUGCACAGAUCAGCACACCUGUUUUGAGAACAACCCCCAGUUUUUCCCAUAGUAGACCAGAUGCCACACCUUUAAUGGCCACCAGUCCUGGGACAGAAGUCAGUUCAGCUGUGCUGACAACAAUCUCACCUGGUGCACCAGAGAUGGUGACUUCACAGAUCACUAGUUCUGGGGCAGCAACUAGUACAACUAUUCCAACUUUGACUCAUUCUCCUGGUGUGCCAGAGACCACAGCCUUAUUGAUCACCCAUCCCAGCACAGAGACAAGUACAUUUCCUGCUUCAACUGUGUUUCCUCAAGUCUCAGGGACCACAGCCUCACUCUCCAUUAGACCUGGCACAGAGACUAGCACAGCUCUCUCAACUCAGACAACACCCUCUCCCUUCACCCUACUUGUAACUGGAACUGGCAGAGUUGAUCUAAAUCCAACUGCUUCACCUGGUGUUUCUGCAAAAACAGCCUCACUUUCCACCCAUCCAAGGACAGAAACCAGCACAAUGAUUCCAACUUCAACUCUUUCCCUUGGUUUAUUAGAGACUACAGGCUCACUAGCCACCAGCUCUUCAGUAGAAACCAGCACCGGUACUCUAACUCUGACUGUUUCCCCUGCUGCCUCUGGGCUUCCCAGUGCCUCCAUAACAACUGGUAAGCCCCAAACUGUGACCUCCUGGAACACAAAAACCUCACCAUCUGUAACUUCAGCUGGACCCCCAGAAUUUUCCAGGACUGUCACAGGCACCACUAUGACCUUGAUACCAUCAGAGACACCAACACCACCUAAACCCAGUCAUAGAGAAGGAGUGAGUCCAACCACUCUCUUGAGAACUACGGUGGUUGAAACCACUAAUUUAGCUGCCACAGGUUCCAGUCCCACUGCGGCCAAGACCACAACCACCUUCAAUACACUGGCUGGAAGCUCCUUUGCUCCUCUGACCACACCUGGGAUGUCCACCUUGGUCUCUGAGAGUGUGACCUCAAGAGCAAGCAUGAGCCACCGCGCCUGGCUCUCAGAAUAAUCAAGUUAUAACCGUCGGUACCAGACCCCUGCCACCAGCACUCCAGUGACUUCUACAUUCUCCCCAGGGAUUUCCACAUCCUCCAUCCCCAGCUCCACAGCAGCCACAGUCCCAUUCAUGGUGCCAUUCACCCUCAACUUCACCAUCACCAACCUGCAGUACGUGGAGGACAUGCGGCACCCUGGUUCCAGGAAGUUCAACGCCACAGAGAGAGUCCUGCAGGGUCUGCUCAAACCCUUGUUCAGGAAUAGCAGUCUGGAAUACCUCUAUUCAGGCUGCAGACUAGCCUCACUCAGGCCAGAGAAGGACGGAUCAGCCACAGCAGUGGAUGCCAUCUGCACACAUCGCCCUGACCCUGAAGGCCUCGCACUGGACAGAGAGCGACUGUACUGGGAGCUGAGCAACCUGACCAAUGGCAUCCAGGAGCUGGGCCCCUACACCCUGGACCGGAACAGUCUCUAUGUCAACGGUUUCACCCAUCGAAGCUCUAUGUCCGCCACCAGCACUCCUGGGACCUCCACAGUGGAUGUGGGAACCUCAGGAACUCUAUCCUCCAGCCCCAGCCCCACAACUGCUGGCCCUCUCCUGGUGCCGUUCACCCUCAACUUCACCAUCACCAACCUGCAGUACGAGGAGGACAUGCGUCGCCCUGGCUCCAGGAAGUUCAACACCACAGAGAGGGUCCUGCAGGGUCUGCUCAGGCCCUUGUUCAAGAACACCAGUGUCAGCCCUCUGUACUCUGACUGCAGACUGACCUUGCUCAGACCCGAGAAGGAUGGGGCAGCCACUGGAGUGGAUGCCAUCUGCACCCACCGCCUUGACCCCAAAAGCCCUGGACUCAACAGGGAGCAGCUGUACUGGGAGCUAAGCAAGCUGACCAAUGGCAUUGAUGAGCUGGGCCCCUACACCCUGGACAGGAACAGUCUCUAUGUCAAUGGUUUCACCCAUCGGAGCUCUGUGUCCACCACCAGCACUCCUGGGACCUCCAUAGUGGAUUUUGGAACCUCAGGGACUCCAUCCACCCUCUCCAGCCCCACGACUACAGUCGUUGGCCCUCUCCUGGUGCCAUUCACCCUCAACUUCACCAUCACCAACCUGCAGUACGAGCAGGACAUGCAUCACCCUGGCUCCAGGAAGUUCAACACCACAGAGAGGGUCCUGCAGGGUCUGCUUGGCCCUGUAUUCAAGAACACCAGUGUUGGCCCUCUGUACUCUGGCUGCAGACUGACCUCUCUCAGGCCCGAGGAGGAUGGAGCAGCCACUGGAGUGGAUGCCAUCUGCACCCACCAUCUUGACCCCAAAAGCCCUGGACUCAACAGAGAGCAGCUGUACUGGGAGCUGAGCCAACUGACCAAUGGCAUCAAAGAGCUGGGCCCCUACACCCUGGACAGUAACAGUCUCUAUGUCAAUGGUUUCACCCAUCGGACCUCUGUGCCCACCACCAGCACUCCUGGGACCUCCACAGUGGACUUUGGAACCUCAGGGACUCCAUCCUUCCUCCCAAGCCCCACAGCUGCUGGCCCUCUCCUGGUGCCUUUCACCCUCAACUUCACCAUCACCAACCUGAAGUAUGAGGAGGACAUGCGUCACCCUGGUUCCAGGAAGUUCAGCACCACAGAGAGGGUCUUGCAGAAUCUGCUUGGUCCCAUGUUCAAGAACACCAGUGUUGGCCCUCUCUACUCUGGCUGCAGACUGACCUUGCUCAGGUCUGAGAAGGAUGGAGCAGCCACUGGAGUGGAUGCCCUCUGCACCCAUCGUCUUGACCCCAAAAGCCCUGGAGUGGACAGGGAGCAGCUCUACUGGGAACUGAGCCACUUGACCCAUGGCAUCAAAGAGCUGGGCCCCUACGCCCUGGACAUGAACAGCCUCUAUGUCAAUGGUUUCACCCAUCGGACCUCUGUGACCACCACCAGCACUCCUGGGACCUCCACAGUGGACCUUGGGACUUCAGAGACUCCAUCCUCCCUCGCCAGCCCCCACAACUGCUGGCCCUGUCUGGUGCCGUUCACCCUCAACUUCACCAUCACUAACCUGAAGUACGAGGGGAGGACAUCGUCGCCCUGGCUCCAGGAAGACAUGCGUCGCCCUGGCUCCAGGAAGUUCAACACCACGGAGAGGGUCCUGCAGAGUCUGCUUGGUCCCAUGUUCAAGAACACCAGUGUUGGCCCUCUCUAUUCUGGCUGCAGAUUGACCUUGCUCAGGUCCGAGAAGGAUGGAGCAGCCACUGGAGUGGAUGCCAUCUGCACCCAUCGUCUUGACCCCAAAAGUCCUGGAGUGGACAGGAAGCAGCUGUAUUGGGAGCUGAGCCAGCUGACCCAUGGCAUCAAAGAGCUGGGCCCCUACACCCUGGACAGGAACAGUCUGUAUGUCAAUGGUUUCACCUAUUGGACCUCUGUGCCCACCACCAGCACUCCUGGGACCGUCACAGUGGACCUUGGGACCUUAGGGACUCCAUCCUCCCUCCCCAGCCCUACAUCUGCUGGCCCUCUCCUGGUGCCAUUCACCCUCAACUUCACCAUCACCAACCUGCAGUACGAGGAGGACAUGCAUCACCCAGGGUCCAGGAAGUUCAACACCACAGAGAGCGUCCUGCAGGGUCUGCUUGGUCCCGUGUUCAAGAACACCAGUGUCGGCCCUCUGUACUCUGGCUGCAGACUGACCUUGCUCAGGCCUGAGAAGAAUGGGGCAGCCACUGGAGUGGAUGCCAUCUGCACCCACCGUCUUGACCCCAAAAGCCCUGGACUCAACAGAGAGCAGCUGUACUGGGAGCUGAGCCAGCUGACCCAUGGCAUCAAAGAGCUGGGCCCCUACACCCUGGACAGGAACAGUCUCUAUGUCAAUGGUUUCACCCAUUGGAGCUCUCUGGCCCCCACCAGCACUCCUGGGACCUCCACAGUGGACCUUGGAACCUCAGGGACUCCAUCCUUCCUCCUCAGCCCCACAGCAGCUGUUCCUCUCCUGGUGCCAUUCACCCUCAACUUCACCAUCACCAACCUGCAGUAUGGGGAGGACAUGCAUCACCCUGGCUCCAGGAAGUUCAACACCACAGAGAGGGUCCUACAGGGUCUGCUUGGUCCGUUGUUCAAGAACUCCAGUGUCGGCCCUCUGUACUCUGGCUGCAGACUGAUCUCCCUCAGGUCUGAGAAGGAUGGGGCAGCCACUGGAGUGGAUGCCAUCUGUAUCCACCGCCUUAACCCUCAAAGCCCUGGACUGGACAGGGAGCAGCUGUACUGGGAGCUGAGCCAGAUGACCAGUGGCAUCAAAGAGCUGGGCCCCUACACCCUGGACAGGAACAGUCUCUAUGUCAAUGGUUUCACCUAUUGGAGCUCUGUGCCCACCACCAGCACUCCUUGGACUUCCACAGUGGACCUUGGAAUCUCAGGGACUCCAUCCUCCGUCCCCAGCCCCACAACCACCAGCCCUCUCCUGGUGCCAUUCACACUCAACUUCACCAUCACUAACCUACAGUAUGAGGAGAACAUGGGUCACCCUGGCUCCAGGAAGUUCAACACCACGGAGAGGGUUCUGCAGGGUCUGCUCAAGCACUUGUUCAAGAGCACGGGUGUUGGCCCUCUGUAUUCUGGCUGCAGACUGACCUUGCUCAGGCCUGAGAAGGAUGGAGCAGCCACCAGAGUGGACGCCAUCUGUACCCACCGCCCUGACCCCAAAAUCCCUGGGCUAGACAGAGAGCGGCUAUACUGGGAGCUGAGCCAGCUGACCCACAGCAUCACUGAAUUGGGCCCCUACACCCUGGACAGGGAUAGUCUCUAUGUCAAUGGUUUCACCCAGCGGAGCUCUAUGCCUGCCACCAACACUCCUGGGACUUUCACAGUACAGCUGGAAACCUCCGAGACUCCAUCAUCCCUCCCUGCCCCCACAGGCACUGGCCCCCUCCUGCUGCCAUUCACCCUCAAUUUUACCAUCAAUAACCUGCGGUACGAGGAGGACAUGGGUCGCCCUGGCUCCAGGAAGUUCAACACCACGGAGAGGGUCCUUCAGGGUCUGCUUAGGCCCUUGUUCAAGAACACCAGCGUUGGCACUCUGUACUCUGGUUGCAGACUGACCUUGCUCAGGCCUGAGAAGGAUGGGGCAGCCACCAGAGUGGAUGCUGUCUGCACCCACCGUCCUGACCCCCAAAGCCCUGGACUGGACAGAGAGCGGCUGUACUGGAAGCUGAGCCAGCUGACCCACGGCAUCACUGAGCUGGGCCCCUACACCCUGGACAGACACAGUCUCUAUGUCAAUGGUUUCACCCAUCAGAGCUCCAUGGUGACCACCAGAACUCCUGAUACCUCCACAAUGCACCUGGGAACCUCGAGAACUCCAGCCUCCCUGUCUGGACCCACGACCGCCAGCCCUCUCCUGGUGCUAUUCACACUUAACUUCACCAUCACUAACCUGUGGUAUGAGGAGAGCAUGCAUCACCCUGGCUCUGGAAAGUUUAACACCACAGAGAGAGUCCUUCAGGGUCUGCUCAGGCCUUUGUUCAAGAACACCAGUGUUGGCCCUCUGUACUCUGGCUGCAGACUGACCUUACUCAGGCCCAAGAAGGAUGGGGCAGCCACCAAAGUGGAUACCAUCUGCACCUACCGCCCUGACCCCAAAAGCCCUGGACUGGACAGAGAGCAGCUAUACUGGGAACUGAGCCAGCUGACCCAUGGCAUCACUGAGCUGGGUCCCUACACCCUGGACAGGGACAGUCUCUAUGUCAAUGGUUUCACACAACGGAGCUCUGUGCCCACCACCAGCACUCCUGGGACCUCCACAGUGGACCCGGGAACAUCUGGGACUCCAGCUUCUAAACCUGGUCCCUCAGCUGCCAGCCCUCUCCUGGUGCCGUUCACUCUCAACUUCACCAUCACCAACCUGCGGUAUGAGGAGAACAUGCAGCACCCUGGCUCCAGGAAGUUCAACACCACGGAGAGGGUCCUUCAGGGCCUGCUCAGGCCCCUGUUCAAGAGUACCAGUGUUGGCCCUCUGUACUCUGGCUGCAGACUGACCUUGCUCAGGCCUGAGAAGGAUGGGGCAGCCACUGGAGUGGACGCCAUCUGCACCCACCACCCUGACCCCAAAAGCCCUAGGCUGGACAGAGAGCAGUUGUAUUGGGAGCUGAGCCAACUGACCCACAGCAUCACUGAGCUGGGCCCCUAUACCCUGGACAACGACAGCCUCUUUGUCAAUGGUUUCACCCAUCGGAGCUCUGUGCCCACCACCAGCACUCCUGGGAUCCCCACAGUGUAUCUGGGAGCAUCUAGGACUCCAACCUCGAUACUUGGCCCUUCAGCUGCCAGCCAUCUCCUGAUACUAUUCACCCUCAACUUCACCAUCACUAACCUGCAGUAUGAGGAGAACAUGUGGCCUGGCUCCAGGAAGUUCAACACUACAGAGAGGGUCCUUCAGGGUCUGCUAAGGCCCUUGCUCAAGAACACCAGUGUUGGCCUUCUGUACUCUGGCUGCAGGCUGACCUUGCUCAGGCCAGAGAAGGAUGGGGAAGCCACCGGAGUGGAUGUCAUCUGCACCCACCGCCCUGACCCCACAGGCCCUGGGCUGGACAGAGAGCAGCUGUAUUUGGAGCUGAGCCAGCUGACCCAUAGCAUCACUGAGCUGGGCCCCUACACCCUGGACAGGGACAGUCUCUAUGUCAAUGGUUUCACCCAUCAGAGCUCUGUGCCCACCACCAGCACCGGGGUGGUCAGCGAGGAGCCAUUCACACUGAACUUCACCAUCAACAACCUGCGCUACAUGGCGGACAUGGGUCAACCCGGCUCCCUCAAGUUCAACAUCACAGACAACGUCAUGCAGCACCUGCUCAGCCCUUUGUUCCAGAGGAGCAGCCUGGGUGCACGGUACACAGGCUGCAGGGUCAUUGCACUAAGGUCUGUCAAGAACAGCGCUAAGACACAGGUGGACAUCCUCUGCACCUACCUGCAGCCCCUCAGUGGCCCAGGUCUGCCUAUCAAGCAGGUGUUCCAUGAGCUGAGCCAGCAGACCCACGGCAUCACCCGGCUGGGCCCCUACUCUCUGGACAAAGACAGCCUCUACCUUAACGGUUACAAUGAACCUGGUCCAGAUGAGCCUCCUACAACUCCCAAGCCAGCCACCACAUUCCUGCCUCCUCUGUCAGAAGCCACAACAGCCAUGGGGUACCACCUGAAGACCCUCACACUCAACUUCACCAUCUCCAAUCUCCAGUAUUCACCAGACAUGGGCAAUGGCUCAGCUGCCUUCAACUCCACCGAGAGGGUCCUGAAGCACCUGCUCAGAGCCUUGUUCCAGAAGAGCAGCAUGGGCCCCUUCUACUUGGGUUGCCGACUGAUCUCCCUCAGGCCUGAGAAGAAUGGAGCAGCCACUGGCGUGGACACCACCUGCACCUACCACACUGACCCUGUGGGCCCUGGGCUGGACAUACAGCAGCUUUACUGGGAGCUGAGUCAGCUGACCCAUGGUGUCACCCAACUGGGCUUCUAUGUCCUGGACAGGGAUAGCCUCUUCAUCAACGGCUAUGCACCCCAGAACUUAUCAACCCGGGGCAAGUACCAGAUAAAUUUCCAUAUUGUCAACUGGAACCUCAGUAAUCCAGACCCCACAUCCUCGGAGUACAUCGCCCUGCUGAGGGACAUCCAGGACAAGGUCACCACACUCUACAAAGGCAGCCAACUACAUGACACGUUCCGCUACUGCCUGGUCACCAACUUGACGAUGGACUCCAUGUUGGUCACUGUCAAGGCAUUGUUCUCCUCCGAUCUGGACCCCAGCCUGGUGGAGCAAGUCUUUCUGGAUAAGACCCUGAAUGCCUCAUCCCAUUGGCUGGGCUCCACCUACCAGCUGGUGGACAUCCAUGUGACAGAAAUGGAGCCAUCAGUUUAUCAACCAACAAAACCAACAAGCAGUUCCAGCACCCAGCACUUCUACCUGAAUUUCACCAUCACCAACCUACCAUAUUCCCAGGACAUAUCCCAGCCAAGCACCACCAAUUACCAGAGGAACAAAAGGAAUAUUGAGGACGCGCUCAACCAACUCUUCCGAAAUAGCAGCAUCAAGAGCUAUUUUUCUGACUGUCAAGUUUCAACAUUCAGGUCUGUCCCCAACAGCCACCACACGGGGGUGGAUUCCCUGUGUAACUUCUCGCCACUGGCUCGGAGAGUAGACAGAGUUGCCAUCUAUGAGGAAUUCCUGCGGAUGACCCGGAAUGGUAGCCAGCUGCAGAACUUCACUCUGGACAGGAGCAGUGUCCUUGUGGAUGGGUAUUCUCCCAACAGAAAUGAGCCCUUAACUGGGAAUUCUGACCUUCCCUUCUGGGCCAUCAUCCUCAUCUGCUUGGCAGUACUCCUGGGACUCAUCACAUGCCUGAUCUGCGGCUUCCUGGCGACCACUCGCCGGCGGAAGAAGGAAAGAGAAUACAGCUUCCGGCAACAGUGCCCAGGCUACUACCAGUCACACCUAGACCUGGAGGAUCUGCAAUGA